CUGAGUGACGGCCGGGACGGGGCUGGGGCCGCGGCCGCCCCCCCGCCCCCAGCAGCGGCGCAGCCGGCACGGGCAGGACGCGCCGCCCGGGCUCGGCUCGGCUCACGGGUGCGGUCCUCUUUCAGCACAAAAGUGAGAUUCACGAGACUCCUCUAAGAUGUCUUACAGAAAGGAGCUAGAAAAAUAUCGAGACCUGGAUGAAGACAAGAUCCUUGGAGCUCUGACAGAGGAGGAGCUCAGGAAGUUAGAGGAUGAACUGGAAGAGCUGGAUCCUGAUAACGCACUGCUGCCAGCAGGGCUCAGGCAGCGGGAUCAGACACAAAAGCCGCCAACUGGCCCGUUCAAAAGGGAGGAACUCAUGGCCCACCUAGAAAAGCAAGCAAAGGAUGUUAAAGACAGAGAAGACUUGGUUCCUUUCACGGGUGAAAAGAGAGGAAAAGCUUGGAUCCCCAAGCAGAAGCCGAUGGAUCCUGUUUUGGAAAGUGUGACCCUGGAGCCGGAACUGGAGGAAGCCCUUGCUAAUGCCUCUGAUGCAGAGCUCUGUGACAUUGCUGCCAUCCUUGGUAUGCACACCUUGAUGAGUAAUCAGCAGUACUAUGAGGCACUGGGGAGCACCACCAUCGUGAACAAAGAGGGGCUCAACAGUGUGAUUAAGCCCACACAGUACAAACCAGUUCCUGAUGAGGAACCAAACUCAACGAAUGUAGAAGAAACUCUGAAACUAAUACAAAGCAAUGAUCCUGACCUUGAGGAAGUCAACCUUAACAAUAUUAUGAAUAUUCCCAUACCAACUCUAAAAGCUUUUGCGGAAGCUCUGAAAAAUAACACCUAUGUGAAGAAGUUCAGUAUAGUUGGGACACGGAGCAAUGAUCCUGUUGCUUUCGCACUGGCAGAAAUGCUGAAAGUCAACAACACGCUGAAGAGCCUGAAUGUGGAAUCCAACUUCAUUUCUGGGUCCGGGAUCCUGGCUGUUGUGGAAGCGCUCCAGGGCAACACCUCUCUAGUAGAGCUGCGCAUUGACAACCAGAGCCAGCCCUUGGGCAACAAAGUAGAAAUGGAGAUUGCGAGCAUGUUGGAAAAGAACACCUCCCUGCUGAAGUUUGGGUACCAUUUCACUCAGCAAGGUCCCCGGCUCCGCGCCUCCAAUGCCAUGAUGAAUAACAAUGACCUAGCUCAUACUCAUUGAUCAGAUGGUCUCUGGCAAUAGCAUCUCAGCUCUACACCUGGAUAAUUGAGGAAGAGAAGACUUGCAGAGUUGAAUGGGCCUAUUUUUCCCAAGUGCAGAACUGGAGUGUAAUUCCUGGCUGUGGAGAUCAUUCCCGGUGAUCUGUUCUACACUGUGGAAAUCUAAAGGCAAUAAGUGCCUUGACAGAGUAUUUGUGGUGCCUCGGUUCUGUUUUAUGCACUAUCAAUCAGUUUAAAUUAACUAGUGGCUGUAGUUGAAGAUUUUACCCAGUAGGACUGUUGAUGUUUUCUGUAGAGUUCAAACUAUUCAAGCCAAUUUAUGCAGUCUCAGUUUUGAGUACAUCCCAGGGUAAAAGUGAUUCUUAAUUAACCUGGGACUUAAUUUUUCUAUAAACUUCCUGCACAGUGUUUCAUACGGUCAGGAUGUGGUAUGCAUGAGUGAAAGAAACAACUGCUCCACACAAAUUACAGAAGUAUUAAAAAAAUACUUUAUUUUUCUUCCCCCAAAUUGAUCUCAAGCAACUAUGGAGGAACAGUUAGUUUAACAAGCACUUCUACUACCUGAAAACAUGGCUAAUUUAAAGAAUUGUGAAUUACAGGUUUUUACUGACCUUUGCUGAGGCAAUUUGUUGGAGGUGCUGUUUCAAGCACAUCCUCAUGUUUCAUUUUCUCCAGCUCCUAAUAAUAAGGAACUUAAGGCCACCAAUUAUAAAACAAAAGUCUCAAAAAUUGAGUGGUUUAGGAUUGGCUAAUAACUCUUCUAUCCUAUCCAUGUCUUCUACCCUAUCCAUGCCUGAAGAAAACAGUCCCCUUUAGAGAAAUGACGCAAAUACUAAGCCCACACAGAUGGCCAAACUAAUUAUCUAAUCCUUACUCGUUCAGUUUCCUAAUGUUAAAAGUGUGUGUCCAAAUACUCACUGGAAACAAGUCACAUUCUUUCUCUUUGCUGUUUUGUCUGGAUGACCAUGUUCACUAAUUAAAUUUUGUUCUGAUGGGGAUUUUCUUUUACUGCCAUUCCUAAUGUCUGCAUAAGUGCAACAAUAAAUGUGCCCUAGAAAAGCUGGUCAAUGAAAUAGCCCAACUCUGAAUUUACACUGCAUAUAGUCCAAUAGCUUUGUCAGUCUACCACCCACCAUCCAGCCUGAGAGGAAUUCCCCACAGGCUUGUGUAGCUCCCAGACAUGCAGUGGACCCACCCCUAUCCCAUCCAAAACUCCUGCUAUUAACCUGGGUGGGAUCCUGCUCUGUAGGAAGAGUCUCCUGUUAGAAGCACUGCCACACUAGAGCCUUAUUCCUGGUCUGAUGACGUGCCCUAGAAAAUGUUUUCACUUGCUAGAUAUCUGUCUGUACGCAUCUGUUAAGAGUGACGUUUUGCAGCCUUUGAUGCAUACCCCUGCAAAGUCCCACAGAUUCCUUUAGAGCUUGUGCACAAAUGCCACCUGUGAUUUAGCUCUGACCAGUGAAACAGAGCAACACUGUACUUUCAGCAGUGUGGGAAAUGUGUCUGUUGCUCUUCAAAGCUUAAUAAAUGCACCCAUGGUGUCAAAUAAAA